AUGUGGCUCAUUAGCGCCUCGACGAGCGCAAUCUUUUUGCUGAGCAUCGUUCUUCUAAUACCCAUCGCCUUCGACGUUGGCGGUCGCGAUGCCGGCCUCGCCUACUCGCUAUCCCUCUUCAUCUUCUACCUUAUCUACAGCACCAGCAAGCUCCUGACACCCGAGAGGUCACGAGUCCGCUGGUUCUUCACUAGCAGUGUCGGCUUGUCACAAUGGAUCGUCAUUCCAGCCCUUCUCAUCUGGUCUCUGAAUAGGUUCUCAGUGGAUGCUGAGAACGCCGGCUGGGUAUCGCGCACCUUCUCUGCUGUCACUGCGGAUCACAAGCCCAGCACUUGGGGCGAAUACUUCUUUGGCCAGCAUGGAUUUGUCGAGAAUGUCGCUUUGGGAGCUUGGGACAAGACACUGAGCUACUCGAGCCCUGUUUUCCAACUGCUGGAGGGUUUCUGCACCCUACUAGUCAUCCAGACUGCUGGGCGGGUUGCGAGGUGGCUCGUUACCCGCGGUGGAGGCGACACAUGGAUGAUUUUCCUUCUUGCCUUUUCUGGCUCCAUCAUCUCCAGUGCCGUUUACUUCCUCUGGAGAGUUGCGCGUUUCCCCGAAAUCAACACCAUCGACGCCACCCUCAUUGGCGCUACAAUGACCUCGGCCGUAUUUCUGGGAGCCUAUGGAAUUGGUAGCGGGCGCGGCAACGCCGUGGAGUCAUCUCUCCUCUUCGCCUACAUUGUUCUCUGCGUCUAUCAGAUCUUCACCGACUAUCAGCCGUCUGCCGAAGCUAUUGCUGCCGCCGAGCAAGCGGCCUCGCUUCAGCCCGAUUUCCCGCCUCUGCCCCCAAUCAUCAUGGCAUCAUAUUCAACGUUGAUGCACGUCCUCAGCAGUCUGCCCGAGGUUUUCAAUACUUCUUUCCAGUUCCUCUACGCCGCAUUCCAAACUAUUACACCGAGCGUCAUCAUCUCGCUAACCUACCGGAUCAUCGUCUUCUACUGCGCCACUCGCAUCAUUCCGGCUGUUCGGGAGCUUGGCGCCAGAGCUCUCAUGGACGAACCAAGCUUGCUGGAAGAGACCGACGGGGCUAACCGCCUUGUAGGCUUCCUCAGCUGGUUCUCUCCUUCGAUCCUCAUUGCCGUAUAUACGAGCUUAUUGCUACAACAUUUCAGCGUAUCCAACAAUGGCGACGAUAUCGGGUGGACUCUGCGGGCCGGUGACGCCGGUGGAAACCCGUGGCGUUGGGUCAAUGUCGCUGCUACCAUGGGACUCUACGCUGUCGAGCUUUAUCUCGGAGAGAGGAAUGAAGGCAUGCACUGGAGGGCGGACUGA